AUGGACUCUGAACCAGCCCCAGAUAUCCAUGCCGCCAAACACCGACAAAAUGAAGAGUUAUCAUCCUAUCUCAACCCCGCCAUGACAAGGUUCAUCACACAAAUCUCAAAAGCAAUCUCACAAGACCCAGGCCUGCCUCGACCAAACCCAACCAUAUCAGCCUGGCAAGUCCCAUCUCACCCUCUUGCAUCUCACCAGUCGCCGGUCCUCCCAGCACAGACAGAUUUCGCCGUCAUAGGCUCCGGGAUCACAGGCUGCAGCGUCGCAAAGACACUACUAGAGCAUAGAGCAGCCAAAGACGCGCACGUCACCAUUCUGGAGGCGCGGACGCUUGUCAGCGGCGCCACUGGCCGGAAUGGAGGCCACCUUGUCACGGCUUCUGGGCAUACAUUUGGUCCGUUGGCCAAGCAGCAUGGCGUGGAGGCAGCUAAGCAGAUCACGCGGUUUAGUAUUCUGAAUAUCGAGCAUGUUAUGAAGUUGGUCAGGGGUAUGGACCCAAAGUUACAAAAGGGAUGCCAGAUUCGCGAUGUUCUCAAGGUUAUGGCUGUUGGGGACGAAGAAACUUGGGCGACGGCUAAAGAGUCAGUUUUGGCGUUUCAGCACGCUGUUCCGGAGUAUAGUAGCUACCAUCGCAUUGUGGAAAAAGAGGAUAUUCCAGAGAGGUGGAAUAUUAAAAACGCAUCCGGCGCAGUAGAACAUGAAGCCGGGGCGAUUUGGCCAUACCGUCUUAUAACGGGCAUAUACGAACAUUUGCUCAAAGAGUUUCCGCACCGUCUCGCAGUCGAAGCAAACACCCCCGCGCAACAAGUAACCUUCUCCCCAAAUGAUAACCCGCAAUAUCCCUACGCAAUCAAGACGCCACGGGGCAUCAUACGCGCCAAAAAAGUCGUCCAUUGCACCAACGGCCACGCUUCGCACUUACUACCCAAACUAGGCGGUUGCAUCUACCCCUUCCGAGGGACAAUGACUGUUCAAAAACCGGGGCCGAUGUUGAAGAAUUUGGGAGCCUCACGGUCCUGGAGCUUAUCGCAUAAACCGAGUCUAGAAGCAGAUACAGGUCUCUACAACACGGGGCUGUACUACCUCCAGCAGAAUGCGCAGACCGGAAGAAUCUGGAUCGGAAACGAAACGGCACACAUGAGGGAUAUAUUGACUUCUGACGAUACCACUAUUCCGGAAGUGACUAGACAAGCCUUGUCAACGGUACUUCCGAAACUGUUCCUUCAAGGCUGGGGAGCGGAGACGACGUCGGAGAUUGAAGCAAUUUGGUCUGGUAUUCAAGGCCACACGGCGGAUGGGCUACCCGUUGUCGGGCAGAUUCCUGUAUCUGUGACGGGGGAUGACGCCGACGAUGGCCAAUGGAUCGCAGCUGGGUUCAAUGGCUAUGGAAUGGACAAGUGCUGGCUGACGGGCAAGGCGCUGGUCACUAUGAUCCUGGGUGAAGACGUGAGCGACUGGUUCCCACAGGCAUUUCUAGUCACAGAGGAACGGUUGCGGACAGAACUCACGCCUGACAAAACGGUGCUCAAGUUUGCAAAGAUGGCGAUGCCGAGCGGCGCCAAGGCAACAAGACUGUGA